AUGACUGCAACUUCUGAAUUAAUAAAAACAACUUACUUCAAUGAAAUUGGUAAAUUAAAUGAUGAUCUGCAAAGCUUAUCAAAGGAACAGUGUAUACAUUUGAUCGGUAAGCUGUCCAUCGCGGUUGAUGCUCAAAACGAAAUACUCAACAGUAUCAGCGACCAUCCUUCGCUAGAUGUCUACUCGCAUCCUGUUUUCAAAAUGAUGCUUGAACAGAAUGAUAUGUUAGUUAAAACACUGUGUACUCAAAAACAAAGUGCUGGUGUUUCGAUGAGGACCUGUAACGUCUCCGCGUCAUCACAAACGAACCUCUUUAAAUCGCUGACAAAAAAUAAUUGCAGUAGGCCUGUUUCUCCGACGCGAGGUAGCACGCCAAAAUCCAUAACUCGCCUUCCUCUUGUUGAGCCAUCGUCUACCUCAACACCGGCUCGUGUCACUAAUGAACCAGCGAUAAGAACAGCAAGUCAAACGUUAAAACCGAUAUCAGUAACUGUGCUUGGCUCCAGUAUUACUAGAGAUUUGAAGCCCGGUACAGUUAUUAUAAAAAAUAUUCCUGUUCGCUACCACAUUCGAACUGUACAUGGAUGCCGAAUUGAACAAAUGACAAAAUUGCUGCAAAAGAAACAAUUUAAACCAUCGCAACAUUUUGUGGUUUCGGUCGGUUCGGUGAAUCUAAAACAUGAUAGCACUGUCGUAGCAAUUGAGAAGACCAAACAAUUAAUCGCUGCUUUCAAUAAAUCCUAUCCCGAUUCAACACUAGCUCUAACUACGGUUUCGCCAAUAUUUCUUAGCGGUUCUAAAGACUCGUAUCAAACUGUCAAUCGCGACAUUGAAAGCUACAAUGAGCAAUUGAAUUCAUUGGUAGAUACAAAUUCUUGGGUUGAAAUUAUCAAAAUUAAAUAUACCAGAGAAAUGAUCGAUAGCCGUGAUUGUAUACAUCUACACCAAAAAGGUACUGAUCAGCUUAGUCGUUCUAUUGACGACUAUUUUGAUAAUUAUAUUUAA